AUGGCCCCUCUGGUGAACAACUUCAUGCUCAUGCAGUCAUUGUACGUCGUUUGCCUUGUGAGUUUCUGUCGUUAUCUUUCAGUCACGCAUCCAUUGUUUUAUCUUCGGAGCGUGACGAUUUCUCGUGUACGCAUCGCUGCCUUGUCCGUCAAGGCCUACGUCUUGCUUAACACGUGCGUCUUUCUACCCAUACAGGGUUUUCCAUUCUGGGAUGUCCUUGAUGAGAUGUGUAGUGUAAAGACUGAGAGGUUGGAUGUCUUACAUCACAGGCCAUCCGAAUCCAUUCUAUCUGGGAACUUUACACCUGCGGUGGCAUUUGUAUCUGUUUCCUUCGUACUGCCUCUGUGUCUACUAACAUUUCUCAAUUUUCGACUCCUUUGCAUUGCCUGUCGUAUCAGCCGACGCGAGAAAAGCCAGCAUCGGGUUGUCCAAAGAAACCCAAAGAGCAGUCACUCUGAUGGCAGUGGUUCUUCGAACAAUGAAUACCUACAUCAGGAGUAUCACUCACGGAUUAGGAGACGACAUGAGCGGAAGGGUCUUCGAGGAUUCCUCACGGUGUUUCUAAUGACCGCGUCCUUCUAUGUAUCUUGUCUACCUUAUGUUGUCAUAUCCGUUCUGACGUCAACGGCACCGGAUGUUAGACAAUAUCUGAGCGAGUAUGGGUGGAUGGUAGCCCUCAUGAUCAUGAUUAGCAAUGCUUGGUGGAAUGCACCCAUUUACCUUUUAACAUGCCGGACUUUCCGGAAGAAGGCACUGGAGAUCGUGACAUGCAGGAAGUCGAGGGCAAUGACAGCUUUCCAAGGUAGCGGACCCUCGUACGUUUCCCAUGCAUUUCAGUUGCAGUCUCAAGCCUCUCAUCGAAUAGAAACCACUGGAUAG